UUAUUAUGUCAUUAUAAUAGUUAUUAGUUAGUGUACUAUAGAAUAUAUUUUUUGUAGGAUUCUCCUAAUUUAUCGCUCUGUCAUCAACGGACAAAAUCAAAUCCAGAUCAGUUGGGUGAAGGUAAACCAGUCAAUAAUAAAAAAUUAAGUUUAUCCGAGUCUUUCAAUGACUUACAUUUAGUUAAACAUUCAAAAGGUGGUUUGGCUUGGGAUGUUGUUUCACCUCCACGUCAAAAUUCUCCUAACCGAUCUCCUGAUGAUAUACUGCCUAUUGAUAAAAUCUUAGAUACUACUAAACUAGGAAUAGGUAAUCAAAGUUUAGUUGAAUCAGUUGAUUGUACAGAUACAAAAUUAUCCCAGACCCCUAUAAUAUCAAUGGAGGAUGAUGAUGUUUCUGACCAGGAAUCUAGUCACUUAGAAGAACAUGGCCCAUUUAAAAGUUUCACAAAAUUGGUGGAACAUAAUGCACAUCUUGCAGUAUUUUUAAAUUAUGUUAUAUCAAAUAGUGAUCCUUCAGCUUUACUUUUCUAUUUAGUAACUAACUUAUACAAAGAAGGUAAUGCCAAAGAAAUGAAAAAAUGGGCUUAUGAAAUUCAUUCUAGUUUUCUUGUACCAUGUGCACCAUUAAGACUUACAAAUAUUGAGGAUAAUAUUGUUCGUGAAAUUGAUGAUAUUCUUCAAAAUGACUCUGAUCGAGAAGAAAUAUUGCGUAAAGUAUUUUGGAAAGCUCGGACAAAAGCUAAAGAAGAGUUGAAUGAUCAACUAAGUGAUUUUCGACAUAGGAGAACAGCCGGCCUUGGUACAUUAUUUGGUCCACCUGAUUCACAACUUGAUGAUAGUAUUAAUGAUAAAAUGAAAGAAUUAAAAAUUAUCGAGAUGAUACUUGUUCCAAACAUGGAGCCAUUUAUGUAAGUUAUG